AUGUCCGGGUCGCAGAACGAAGCAGAUGAUGUACUACGUGCUUGGCUUUCCAACAACCCGUCAGUUGUCGGCUACGUCGUCGUAAACUCGGAUGGCAUUCCCAUCCGAAAUCAUGAAAAGUUGUCCAGGGAGAGUUCUGUUCACUAUGCUUCACUAUUGACUGUAUUUUGCGCCAAGGCAAAGCAAUACAUGAAAGAGCUGUUCCCUAGUGAUGGCGAUCUCACCACCGUUCGUGUACGCACGCAAAAAGGCCUGGAGAUCAUUACCUGCCAGAUCGCUUCAGGCUAUUCACUGAUUGCCAUUCAAAACUGCACUGACAAACCUUACUUCUCAAGUGACGCCCCCCCAACAGCGGCUUCUGAUGGGCAGGAAGCUGAGCGGGACGCUUGA